UUUCGCUUGAUGCUCAAGUUAUGAGCUGAAGCAAUGGAGAGAGUAAGCUGUCUUGUUUAAGAAACUGCAAUUGAGCUUUCAAGAGAAGAUCAAAUAUCACACUCCCUCUCCCACCAUCUUCCGUGUCAGUUGCUUUGUCAAUCACUCCAAGUUCCAAUGUUCUUGUCAAAUGUUGCUGUUUAUUUGUUCUAUUCCUCACCAAUUCUUUCACACAAAGAGGCCGAGAUUUCGAAGAACAAGUUCCGAUUGGAUGAGCCCAUAAUCUCAGCAAGUUAAUGCUGUAAUUCAGCACCAAAACCAACAGAGAUGGGUUCAGGUGAUUGGUUCAAGGCUAUAAUAAGCCUAAAGAGAUCAAAGGAAGAUAAACACAAACAAGCUCAGCAUUCUGGGAAAAAAUCAAAUGGAUCAAAGGGGAAACAGCCGUCCAGCAAAGAGGGCAGAAUUCUUGCCAAUGGCACUUCCAAGAAGAAUGUCAAAUCAAGGCACCUAACAGAGGAUGCUGCUGCUACAAGAAUCCAGACGGCCUAUAGAGCAUACAAGGCGAGGAAAACCUUGCGCCGUCUAAAGGGAGUUGUGAGAUUUCGAGAAGUUAUAGAAGAAGGCCAUUCAGUGAAAAACCAAGCAAUGUCUGCUCUGAAUCACAUCCAUUUCUGGAGCAGGAUACAAGCGGAGAUCAGAGCACGAUGGCUCAGCAUGGUUACUGAGAGCAGGACAAGGCAGAAGAAACUCGAAAACCAGUUAAAACUCGAAGCUAAGCUGCAUGAGUUAGAGGCUGAAUGGAGUGGUGGCCCUGAAACCAUGGAAGAAAUCCUGAACAGGAUACAACAGAGAGAGGAAGCAGCGGCCAAGCGUGAACGUGCCAUGGCUUAUGCUUUCUCACACCAGUGGAGGGCGAAUUCUAAUCAGUAUUUCGGGCAAGCUUACUACGACCUUAGCAAAGAAAGCUGGGGCUGGAGCUGGAGGGAACGAUGGGUCGCUGUUCGUCCAUGGGAGAACAGGUUCCAAACAAGGCCUAGCCUUGCCAAGAAAGUCGAAGCUAAACACAAGACGACUGAAAUUACAAAAUCAACCCCUACAAAAACUACAGCUAAACCAGUUUCUUCAAACGGGAAAGUCUCAACACAUGCAAGAAAGCUAUCCAGAGUGUCCGAAGAGGCCUCUGCAUGAGUGGCAAAAACGACAUUUUGAUUGAUUGAUUUUCCAUUUACAUUUUGGUUUUCCAUCAUUGAUGAUU